UACUCUUACAAUCACUCAAUUAUAUAUAUAUAUAUCUUAGGCAUCAAAAUAUAUCAUACUCUUCAUGCAAUGGCAAUUGACUGCAUCUCCAGCAUACCCUCCAUGCCUCACCACCAUCCCAAAGAUGAGACUAAAGAUGAGCAAAAACAACUGGUGUUUGAUGCCUCUGUGCUUAACCACCAAUCCCACAUACCGAGACAAUUUAUAUGGCCGGACGACGAGAAGCCUUGUGCUAAUGCACCGGAACUCCAUGUACCGCUCAUCGACCUCGGAGGCUUCCUGUCCGGUGACCUUGUUGCUGCUUCAGAAGCUUUAAGGCUUGUUGGGGAGGCAUGUAUGCAGCAUGGUUUCUUUCUUGUGGUUAAUCAUGGAGUGGAUGCAACACUCUUGGCUGAUGCUCAUAGGUACAUGGAUGACUUCUUUGAAUUACCAUUGGGAGAAAAGCAAAGGGGUCAGAGGAAAAUUGGUGAGCUCUGUGGAUAUGCUAGUAGCUUCACUGGUAGAUUCUCCUCCAAGCUGCCAUGGAAGGAAACACUCUCUUUUCACUACUCGGCUCAUCGAAACGCAUCAAUGAUGGUUGAAGACUACAUUGUUAAUCAAAUGGGAGAUGAAUUCAGGCAUUUCGGGAAUGUUUACCAGAAGUACUGCGAGGCCAUGAGCAAUCUUUCCCUAGGGAUCAUGGAGCUUUUAGCCAUCAAUCUAGGCGUAGACAGAGCACAUUUCAGGGAAUUUUUCGAAGAAAAUGAAUCGAUAAUGAGAUUGAAUUACUAUCCGCCUUGCCAAAAACCAGACCUCACUUUAGGGACAGGGCCUCAUUGUGAUCCAACCUCUUUAACCAUCCUUCACCAAGACCGAGUUGGUGGUCUUCAAGUGUUCGUCGACGACCAAUGGCGUUCGAUUACCCCAAAUUUAGAAGCGUUUGUCGUUAACAUCGGAGACACCUUCAUGGCUUUGUCAAAUGGAAGAUACAAAAGUUGCUUGCACCGGGCGGUUGUCAACAGCCACACCACAAGAAAAUCACUUGCUUUCUUCUUGUGUCCAAAGGGUGGUCAAGUGGUUACCCCACCAGCAGAGCUGGUGGACGCAUGUACCCCAAGAAUAUACCCAGAUUUUACAUGGCCUAUGCUGCUUGAAUUCACACAAAAGCACUACAGAGCCGACAUGAACACUCUUCAAGCAUUCUCAAGAUGGGUUCAACAGGGAAGCCACUGAACCCACUGUCUUGUAAGAAAAAAACCAGACAUUGACAUGUCAAAAGGCAAAGUUAGUGGCAAGCAUUUUUAGUGAUGAAAUGAAGUACAAGACAAGAAAUGCUCCCAUCAACUAAAUUUUUUUGUACCUUC